AUGACCAUCAACACCGACGACCAGUAUGGGGAUGGUGAAUCGAAAACAACGCUCAGCUCCAGUCGGCGUGAGAUCUACGAGUGCACAUGGAGGCUCAGCUGUGAAUCGAGAAAUUACGACUUUCCCGUCACCUCUUACCGCUACAGUAGCAGCAGCUACCAGGACCAGAUGGACGACGCGCUGAAUACGACGCUCACGAACGACAAGGCGACACUGAUACAGGUGUGGAAGCCGAAGAGCUACGGUUCGGUCAAGGGUCAAAUACCCCAACAGGACCGGCUUACCUACACCUGGAAGGAGAUCGAUGUGUUCGGCGAGGCACCGGCUGAUGCAAAGGCGCGCGAACCACUGUGCGCUCGGAUUCGGAACUGUUGCACACGCCAGCGUAAAGAUUUCAACCCACGCAAGCACCUGCUGAAGAAUGUGACGGGAGUUGCCCGGAGCGGUGAACUUCUUGCGGUGAUGGGUAGCUCUGGUGCCGGUAAGACAACACUGUUGAACGCACUCGCCUUCCGUUCACCACCAGGUGUGAAGAUAUCUCCCAAUGCCGUGCGCGCCCUUAAUGGUGUGCCGGUAAAUGCGGAACAGUUGCGAGCGAGAUGUGCUUACGUGCAGCAGGACGAUCUGUUCAUACCGUCGUUGACGACGCGUGAACAUCUGCUGUUCCAGGCGCUUCUGAGAAUGGGUCGUGGCGUACCAGCGAGCGUGAAGCAACAUCGCGUGCAGGAAGUACUGCAGGAGCUGUCACUGGUGAAGUGUGCCGACACGAUCAUUGGUGCACCCGGUCGUAUCAAGGGACUUUCGGGUGGUGAGCGUAAGCGACUUGCGUUUGCCUCGGAAACGCUUACCGAUCCGCAUCUGCUGCUGUGCGACGAACCCACGUCCGGGCUCGACUCCUUUAUGGCCCACAGUGUGCUGCAGGUGUUGAAGGGUAUGGCGAUGAAGGGUAAAACCAUCAUUCUCACCAUCCAUCAGCCGUCUUCUGAGCUGUACUGCCUGUUUGACAAGAUACUGCUGGUGGCGGAGGGUCGUGUAGCUUUCCUCGGAUCACCCUACCAGUCGGCGGAAUUUUUCUCUCAGUUAGGAAUACCCUGUCCGCCCAACUACAAUCCGGCCGACUUCUACGUGCAGAUGUUGGCAAUCGCGCCGGCCAAAGAAGCCGAGUGUCGUGACAUGAUCAAGAAGAUCUGUGAUUCCUUCGCGGUCAGUCCAAUUGCGCGUGAAGUACUCGAGACGGCCUCUGUUGUGGGUAAGGGAAUGGAUGAACCCUACAUGCUGCAACCGAUGGAAGGGGUUGGUAGCACCGGAUAUCGUUCCAGCUGGUGGACACAGUUCUAUUGCAUUCUAUGGCGUUCGUGGCUCAGUGUGCUGAAGGAUCCGAUGUUGGUGAAAGUACGCCUGUUGCAAACAGCAAUGGUGGCGACCCUGAUCGGUUCAAUCUAUUUCGGCCAGGUGCUUGACCAGGACGGUGUGAUGAAUAUUAACGGUUCGCUGUUUCUAUUCCUCACCAACAUGACCUUCCAGAAUGUGUUCGCGGUGAUCAACGUGUUCUCUGCCGAGCUGCCGGUAUUUUUGCGCGAAAAACGUUCCCGGCUGUACCGCGUCGACACCUACUUCCUCGGCAAAACGAUCGCCGAGCUGCCACUGUUCAUUGCCGUACCGUUCGUCUUCACAUCGAUCACGUACCCAAUGAUAGGGCUGCGGGCCGGUGCAACCCACUACUUCAUUACGCUCUUCAUCGUAACGCUUGUCGCGAACGUGUCCACCUCGUUCGGGUACCUGAUUUCCUGCGCCAGUUCCUCCAUCUCGAUGGCACUGUCAGUGGGACCGCCGGUUGUCAUCCCGUUCCUGAUCUUCGGUGGAUUCUUCCUGAACUCGGCCUCGGUACCCGCAUACUUCAAGUAUCUGUCCUAUCUGUCCUGGUUCCGGUACGCAAACGAAGCGCUCCUGAUCAACCAGUGGAGCACAGUGGUCGAUGGUGAAAUUGCGUGCACGCGUGCCAAUGUCACCUGUCCACGGUCGGGUGAAAUCAUACUCGAGACGUUCAACUUCCGCGUGGAAGACUUUACGCUGGACAUUGCCUGUCUGUUUGCGUUGAUUGUACUAUUCCGGCUCGGCGCCCUGCUCUGCUUAUGGUUGCGUUCGCGCAGCAAAGAAUAA